UAUCAUUUUUAAUCGCCAUACUACCGCUUUCUCCACAUUUGUCUGGAAUGUUUGUCAGUCACGCAGAAUUUGAAUAUUCUCCAUACUCUUCAAACGCAACAGUCACAUUGGAUGAGACUAAAUCACUUUUUACAAGACUGCUGACAUAUGAUCUCAAGCCCAAUAUGACGUUUCCAGAUAAAUUUUCCAUGAAAAAUUUCCAGUCAUGGCAAGACAUUGAAUCGGAAUCAACCAAAUAUUUUCUUCAUGAACAUUUCAAGAUUCGAAAGAAGUUUGGAUAUUAUAGUGUCGACAGCGUUUGCAUUCCGAAAUUUUUCGUAACCAAAGAUGAUCGGGCUUGGCCUUUUUCUUUCUUUGUUAACCUUUUCAACUUUUGUGCGUUCGUCUUCGUUGCAUCAUCUUACGUUGCAAUUUAUGUCGAGUCAAGAGAAGGGUCAAAGAUCAGAAGAACUGCAUCACGUGCGGAGAAAGACGAUGGAAAUAGAUCUUUGCAACGAAAAAUUCUCCGACUCAUCAUAACAGACUUCUGUUGUUGGAUACCAAUCUGUAUCCUGGCCUUCUGUAAACUAGGAGGAGCAAAUGUUUCAAAUACUGCAUAUGUCGUCGCAGCAAUCGUGCUUCUACCGAUUAACAGUGCAUUAAAUCCAGUUCUGUAUUCAGACCUGCCAGAUGCUUUAUAUAAAAAGCUAAGCCAAAAAUUCCAUGGAAUUGUGAACUUGCCAAGUUCUCGUUCUACCAUGUCGACCGUCGUAAAUGGACAAACAGACAUAGAAGAAAGCAAAUUGUAAAAUCACUGCUGAUUUUAUCUAUAAUGGUUUCGAAACGCAGACAUGGAAGUCAGUACAUGAACAGAAACGUUUAUUGUUACUCGACUGAUUUGGUCAUAAAUUUGUUUAUUCCGAUGAUAUUAUUUUGUACGUUAUUGCUUUUUUUCUUAUAAAAUUAAACCACGGAUCUCUCGUGGAUCCUGUAUCUUCUGUUGAUAGUAUAUACAUCUACCUCUACAAAACUUUGCUACCUCAAAACAUUGGCGAUUCACUAUAUUACAUGAUGCUGAAUUGCACUUGAAUUGCAUGGCACGCGCAUGUUUAUUACUGCUGCAGCAUUCUUGCAUUAUUCGCCUCUAUUAGCAUAGAAGCGCAGAAGAUGGAUAGAGAGAUAGCCCUGCGCAACCCAAUCAAUAUAUGUUGUAUUUGAUUUUUUAAUUGACUGCUAGACAGCCCAAAUUUUUUUGCCUGGACUUGUGAUUUAUCUUUUCUGUUUCGGGAGGAGCUGACGAAAACAUUGUGAUUCAUUAAAGGUUUUGCUAAAAAAGUCUUUAUUUUAUAUUUGAUUGUGUUGUGUAAUUGGGAUUUUGAAAUGAACUAACACCAAUGCAUUCACAAAACUUGUUCUCUCGUAGUAUCUGUACCAGGUUAAGGCCUUA